GCGCUCGCUGUUUGACAAAGCCUUAAGAGAAAAUCGUCUGUCCAAAUGUCCACUCCCGUCAAAUAAAGAAAUGAAGAAAUUAGAUCGUGGAGCCUAUAAGCACAUGUCUACUAGAACUGAACAAAUUUUAAUUUACAAAUGGAAUGACAACAGUGUAGUAUCUGUUUCAUCGAAUUCCGCAAAAGUGCAACCUACAGGAAAAAUAAAAAGAUUUUCGCAACAACAAAAAAAGUACAUAUAUGUUGAUCAACCAGCUCUUAUAAAGACCUACAAUGAGAACAUGGGAGGAGUAGACAGGUGCGAUCAAAAUAUAGGAUUAUAUAGAAUUUCUAUACGCGGAAAAAAAUGGUAUUUUUCGCUCAUUUCCCAUUGCUUAGAUAUGACUGCUCACAACGCUUGGCAGUUGUAUAGAAAAAAUGGUGGCGAAUACGACCAUCUGCAGUUUAGAAGGAGCAUUGCGACAGGUAUACUUGAAUAAUACAAAAAAAAAUUUGGCCGCACUUCUCAGAAUUUUAGAGAAAUUUCGAGGUAUGAUGACAUAGGUCACAUAAUAAAAUAUAGGGAUAACCAAUUAAGAUGUGCUAUAUGUCACAAAAAAGCUAAUUUUUUCUGCAAAAAGUGUGAAGUUACUAACUAAAAUAAUUUAGAAAAACAUAAAGAGCAUACAUUAGAAAAUGAACGGAAUCGGCCUAAUGUAGAGUCUGAAAAAGAAAAUAACACAGAAAGUCAAAAUAGUAAAGACGCUCAAAGUGACUCAGUUGAUAUUAAUGAUUCCGAACAAGUUGAAAAGCGGGUAGAAAAAAGGAAAAGAAAUAGGACUCCGGACAGUAUUUUAAAAGCACAAAGAAAUAAACAUCUACAUGUUAGCUACAUGUUCAUGCAAAAAAAAAAUGUAUUGAAAAGAUUAUGGAAGAAAAAAGGAAAGAUAUCUGGAAUCAGUCCUGGAGCCUUGAUCGUCAACGUCGUCGAGAUUUUCUGUCCAGGAACGUGGAAAAAAAACCUACCCUUCAAGUGUGUAGAAAUGGAAGUCGAAGACAUAAUACCCUAUUAUGGAUGAUGGAAAAUGUCAAAGUUUGUAAGAAUUUUUUUUUAGAAACUUUAGGCUACAAAGAUUAUGAAGUCGUACGGUCAGUAUUGUCCAGCAAUCACUUGACUAAUAACAAACACCCAAAAGUAAGUGCUGCUCCAGAUAUGAGAGGUAGGAAAAAACCAGCAAAUUCAUUCCCUCCUGAUUAUGAAUCUGCAAUUACGGACUUUAUCAUGAAAUACAAACCAGUUCAGUCACAUUAUAAUUUGCAACACGCUCCAAACAGGAUGUAUUUACCCCCUGGUGUAAAUUUUACUUUAAUUUUUAAUCAAUUUAAAGAACACUGUACUGAAAAGGGACUGAAGGUUUGCAGCUGGACUCACUUUCAUUCAAAAAUAAAAUCCCUUAAUUUGUCAACUGCUGAAAUGCCCCAAGACAUCUGUAUCAAAUGUAGGCACAAUGAAAUGGAUCACAAAAAUCGCCCAUUACCUUGCAAUUUAGCCAAUCAUUUGUCAAAUAAGCGAAACAGCAGAAAAGACUUGAAGACAGUAGAAGAAAAAUGUAAAAAUUCCAAUGGGAAUGAAUUCGUUUAUACGGUCGACAUGCAAAAAGUUAUUUGUAUGCCUCUGCUUAAUUCCAAAGAUUAUUUCUUUUCAAGGAAGCUCAUACUUUUUAAUGAGUCUUUUGUUCCACCGGGAAAAGACAAGGACGCUGCUUGUGUCAUCUGGCAUGAGGGAGAGAGUGGUAGAAAGGUUUAUAACAUAGCCAGUACUUAUGUCUACGUCCUUAGAAAAUAAAACAGGGACAACAAAAAUGUGUACUUCUUUCUCGACAAUUGCAAUGCACAGAAUAAAAACAAAACACUUAUGUCAGCUUUGGUAAGAGCAGUUAAUGAUAAUAAGACUGAAAUAGAGAAAUUAACCCUUGAAUAUUUCGAAGUAGGACAUACUUACAUGGCUGCAGAUGCAGUUCAUGCUGCUAUUGCUAAGAAAUUAACUUCCGCUAGGGAGCUUCAUGAUCUUAAUGAUUUUGUGGCGACCAUAAAAUCUUCUAGGAAAAACCUACAAGUUGAGUUAGUCACACAUAAAGAUAUGAUAUGUUUUGAUAAUGAUUCCAAAGCCACAUAUCCCAAAGGAUAUAAUUUGUACAAAUUAAAAAUAAUCGAAUUCAUCCGAGGAAAAUUAUCUUUGUGUAAUUUAUGAAGUAGUUACCGAAGAAGAUUCAAGUCAAAUAAUAGGAAAUACACUAACACAGCAACCAGCUAGCAUUGGGACCCAUUACUACGGCAUAUCGAGAAUAUUUAUGAGGUGCAAAAAGCUAUCAUGGACAACCAAGAAAAAAUUAUGAAAAAAUUAUCAGAAUUCUUUGUACUGUUGGAAGUAUCACUACGUAAUCGAGAGCCAUUCGUUACUACGUUGAGUCAAUCUCAAGGUAUGCAAACAAAACGAUUUAAGGCCUGCAACAACUAGAUACAGAGCUUUCGACCCCGGAGGUAUUUGAUAGCCUCCAAGAAAAGUAUUCAAUCUUAUAUUCAGUACGAGGCAAUGGUAUCAACUGUGCCUACAGACUUCUCGAUGCUUUGUUUACAAAGGAGUUCUUGUGCAAAUGUUCCUGGACAGGAGGAAGUCGUAAAGCUGAUGUGAAAAUAGGAUUU